AUUGUUGAGCGGCAGCCUCGGCGUCGCUGGUCCGUCACAAGCUGUGGCCAGGCGCAGGUCGGAGGAAUUGCGGCUGACCCUGACCAGGAUUGGCUCAGGCAUUCCGCUGCUGCCACUGCUGCUGCUGCUGCCAUUGCUACUGAUUUCUGCUGCUGCUGCUGCUGACACAACAACAAUAAAAACAACAACAACAACAAGUCAGCCUACUAGUCAAGAUGCAACAUCAACAGCGGCGACGUCGCAGCACGCUGAGUCUUCCCGUGGCGCUUCUCGUGGCAGCCAUGGCGCGAACAACUCAGCUAAUAGUAUUCCAACCCACGACGACAACCACGACUUCUUCGUCUUCGUCAAUGAUAACUCCAGCUCCAGUGCAGCCAACAACAACAACAACAACAACAGCAGCAGCAUCCAGUCAAAUGCAACUGACAAAGUCAUCGCCGAGGAAGACGCUGAGCAGAUGUUGCCACAGAUUCCGUCGUAUAUACGCACAACCGCCAUGUUCUUCUGCAUAAUCAUCAUGCUGCUGGGCGUUGUGGGGAAUGUGAUGGUGCCCAUUGUCAUAGUGAAGACAAAAGAUAUGCGUAACUCUACAAACAUUUUUCUUACCAAUCUCAGUAUUGCCGAUCUGCUGGUGCUGCUCGUCUGUACACCGACCGUGCUCGUCGAGGUCAACACACGUCCAGAGACCUGGGUACUUGGCCACGAGAUGUGCAAAGCCGUGCCAUUUGUGGAGCUAACGGUGGCUCAUGCCAGCGUCUUAACCAUAUUGGCCAUCUCAUUCGAGCGCUACUAUGCCAUCUGUGAGCCAUUGAAGGCCGGCUAUGUCUGCACCAAGGCGCGUGCGAUUCUCAUCUGUGUCCUGGCCUGGGGCAUCGCUGCGCUCUUUACGAGCCCCAUACUUUGGGUGGCUGAGUACAAGCUGGUAGAGUAUAUUGAUGGAACAUCGGUGCCAGUUUGCCUGACGCAGGCGAUUGGUGUAUCCACCGUUGCUUUCUUUCUGAUGACCAUAUCCGUGUUCUUCGUGCUGCCAUUUCUAAUGCUGAUUAUCCUCUAUGGCAUUAUUGCAAGGAACCUCAUAUCCAACCAGGGUCCCAUGCUGCGUGCCCGUCCCACCAAACCGGAGCUCAGUCUAAAGGCCAGAAAGCAGGUGGUCCUUAUGCUGGGCGCCGUUGUUCUCUCCUUCUUCGUCUGCCUGCUGCCAUUUCGAGUGCUCACGCUUUUGAUCAUACUGAGCACGGAGCAGACGCUGCAUGACAUUGGACUGGCACGUUAUUAUAGUCUGCUGUACUUUUGCCGCAUCAUGCUGUACCUCAACUCGGCCAUGAAUCCCAUACUCUACAAUCUAAUGUCCACCAAGUUUCGCAGGGGUUUCGCUCGUUUGUGCCACGAUGCUGGACGCUGGCUCCUUAAGCUACUCACGCUGGGAGGCGGCAGUCGCAGUUCAAGUGAGUUACAUGGACGCAGUGGCACCCUGUCCACGGGCACAGGAACCAACACCAAUUCAUCCAAUGCAACAGCAGCAACCAAUUCGAGCAUUUUGUCACGCAGCUCAAAUCGACGCAACAGCGAAGAUAUCAGUCGGACACGCCUUAAAAUUGAACUUCAUAUUCCAUGUGGCAGCGAUCAGGAGGCCAUGGCCAUGCUUCAGAAUUCAACGACACGCAGCAAGAGGCGGGAAAGCGACAGCAGAUUGCUGACCAACAAGAAUCCGCGGAGGCACAAGCCACAAAUUAGUUUCGAUGAAGCUGUAAUAGGCGGAGCUGCAAAGGAAACUGUAAAUCUUGCUUAAAGAGGGAAAAAGCAAGUAGUAAAGGCUACAGUCGAGAAAGCCCGACCUUAAGAGACCUAGUACUUAUUCUAUAAAAAAAAUACAUAGACCCAAAACUGCAUUUCAUGAAUCAUAGCAUAGCUUUUAAUCCCAUAAUGAUCGCAAAAAUUGAAGUCUUAAGCUCUUAUCAAAUUGCUCUAAUAAUUAUUAUUUUAAUUUAAUGGGUAAAAUACCGAAAGAAAAGUGACAAAAUUAUAGGCUAGUUCAGGAAUCAUUAUAAUAAGGUUGAUAGGUCUAUGUAUAUCGAUUCGCCUGUUUUGUUCUGCCCGUUAUGUACAGGGUCUAAAAAGAAAUAUGCUAAAUAGAGGCGAAACCAAAUGAAGAAUCGGCGUACAAGAAAAAUUGCCAAUAACCCGUUUACACUUACGCUUCAAUUCGCUGGAAUGUGACACAGGCAGCUGAUCCUGGCCACGUCUAUACAAAUUGCGUUUUGAGCGCUUUUUGCAAACAUAAUCGAUUCCUUUCAGCCGUUGACAGCCAGUGCUUUGCCCUUUUCAUGAUCCUGGUCCAGAGAACAUUUCCGCACAAAAAACAAUCAAUUUUUCGGGCUAUUAAACUCGAAUGAAAGUGCCAAAGAUAAAUAACAGCAACGACAGCCAAAGCACUACAACAACUACAACUACAACAAGCAUACAUAACUAUUUGGGAAACGAAUCAGGCGGAGGCGGGGGAGGUGUUCGGUCAACGCCAUUAAGCGACGGGCGCAUGUAAAGCAUGGCAAAUGGAAAUGGCUUAAUAUGCGUUUCAGCAACGACUUGGGAGCCCAUCAAGACGGCGGAUAAACAUGAUUUAGGUGUAUUGAAAUACAUAGUUUCAGUUCAUUUUGGCCGCUCCUCAUGCUUUUACUCUUUUCGUCGAGUUUGUCGGCCAUUUUAGGUCGAUUCCAAGUUAAGCGGCUAUAAAAAAAACUGUUGCCUACUUUUCGGCGGCAGCAAUAAAAUGACCAAUGCAAGAGUCGCAUGUAUAUACACAACAUAUGCAUUAGUUCAGAUGCCAUACAAAAAAGUGUUGCCUACUUUGCGGCGGCACAAAUUAAAUAAACUGUUCACAUGCAUAAUAUGUAUUAUAUUCCCACACAUAUGUAUUAACGCUAUAAAAGCGCCAUAAUCUAUAUAAGUAAAUAAAAUUUUGUAUUGCAAAUUA